UCUGACGGCAGUUGGAGUUCAGUCCGCUCUCCGUCCCACGGCGAGCCGCGGCUUGCGGACUGCCCGUCCCACAGAGCCCUGCGGGGGGGCCUGGCGCCCGGAAGGCGGCUCUGGCAGGCGGCGGCAGGGCGGCUAGUUCAAGUUGCCAUAGCGGCGAGGUUUCAAGAUACUAAUGGCAGAUACAUCCAGUGAUUCCGACAACUAUCUUAGGGGUCGAAUAGGAAGGCCGCCACCUUUGAGAGUGUCCCGCAACAGAACUCGGAACUAUGGUGCUGAAGAAGUUACAGAGAAGAUCCAUACUUUAGCAAGCACUUUACAGGAUACCAACAGAAAUCUAAGGCAUGUUGACCAUUUACUAGGACAAUACAGAGAAUACAACAAGGAACAAACUGAAGAAAUAGCAAAUUUAAAAGAAACACUGGAACAAUCUAUAGGUCAGUUAAGGAGCCAACGAUUAACUCGAAACUCUGGAAUGAGAAGUGCUUCUCUCUCAAGCUUAUACCCUAGUGAUCUGGAUGGAGAAGUUGUAUCAGGGAACCGCCACUUUCUGCCUACUUCUCCUCUCAGGGAUUAUGGAGACUCACAGGGCAAUAAACAUCGACGGUCUAGAUCUGCGAGCGUUCGGUUUGUCAGUGAGGCAGAGAAUUUGGACCAGCUGCAUUCUUUACAUCAGUCUCUUAGAGAUCUCAGUAGUGAACAAGUCCGCCUAGGAGAUGACAUCAGUCGGGAGCUGUCAAGAAGAAAUCGGACUGAUGCUGAGUUAAGAAAGACUCUAGAAGAGUUGUCCGAAAAGCUCACUGAAUCCCAAAGACAAGAAAUGGUAUCAGAACGGGUGGAGAGAAGAUUACAGGAAAUAGAACAAGAGAUGCAUGCUGAAAGACAGCUUGUAGAAAGGCGCCAGGACCAACUGGGGCACAUGUCUCUUCAGUUACAAGAGGCUUUAAGGAAGCAAGGUGCUAAAGCAGAUGAAACAGAACUACUCAUGAAAAAUAAACUUGUGAGAUAUCAAAAUGAAAAGAACCAACUUGAGAAGGAAUUGGAGCAGUCCCAGAAAAAGUUGAAUGAAUCUGAAAGCAGUAGAGAAGCUCUUUUGCGUCAGAUUGAAGAUCUUCGUUCCAAACUUUUGAGAGUAGAAGACGACCGUUUAGAGUUGCAGCAUCAGAUUUCACACGUUGCUGCACGCUGCCAGAGCUACCAGGAUGUACAAGAUGAUGACAGGAGAAUUAGAAUAGUAGCUGAAAGAUACGAGAGGGAGAAACAAGAACUGGAGAAGCAUAUUGUGGAGCUUAAAGCAAAACUUAAUCACAAUGCUGUAAUGUCAGAGGUAGAAGAAUUAAAGAGGUGCAUAGAACAAAAGGAUAGGGAGAAAGCGCAGCUUGUUAUGCAUAUACAGGUGUUAACAUCUGACCUGGAAAACAAGGAGAAGCAGCAGCGAAAUAUGCUGGACCAGCUAAAGGAAAUACAGAGUUGCUACAAGGCUUGUGAGGAUGGACGUAGGCAAAUUGAACUCCAGUCUGCUGAAUUAGCUCAACGGGUUGAAGAGAGUACCAAGGAAGCAGAACGAUACCUCACUGAAUUCAAGCAUUCAGAAGCACUCAGGCUAGAGACUGAGAAAAAAAGAGAAGAUUUCAAAGUGAGAGCACAAGAAACCCUCCGCCAGUGGAAACUGAAAUGUAAGAAACUGGAUCGUGAGGUGGAAAAACAAAACGAAACUAUCAAACAACUAACAGACAAGAACACUCAGGCCCUCAAAGAAAAGGAUGACCUCAGAAGCCAACUUCUCUCUGCUAUACACCAAAUAGAAAACCUUCGGAAAGAGCUGAAUGAUGUGCUUACAAAGAGAAGCCAGCAGGAAGAACUCCUUCGCUGCAAAGAGGUAAAACUGAAUGAAAUGAAGUCUCAACAGGCAUCUCUUGAAGAAGAGAUCAAAGAAGUUCAAGGUACUGUAAGUAAAUUGGAGAAUGAGUUGAAAAAGCAAGUCUUUCUACAAAAUCAGUUGCAAACUGAAAAGGAACACUUGGAGACGGAACUUGCGACUAGUAACUUGAUCCAUAAAAAAGACCAAGAAAGACUCUUAGAAAUGCAAGCAGAUGUAAAAAACUUAAGCUCUGUACGUGUGGAACUAACAAACAGAAUAGCAGAAGAGGAGAAAGUAAAAAAGGAAUUGCAUAAAAGUCUCUCAGAUCUCCAGAAACAGCAGGAAUCUAAGCAUGAAGAGAUGACUACAGCUAACAGGCAACUAAAGAUGGAAAGAGAAGUUCACCAACAGGAGUUGGCAGAUCUUAGAUCAGAGUUACAAAAUACUAAGAUCAAACAUGAACGAAAUGUUCAAGAACUCAUGAAACUUCUUAAACAAGAAAAGGAUGAUGCAGAGUCUCAAAUUGGAAUGCUAAAGAUUGAACUUGCAGAAGAGAAGAGCAAAGUCAAGGCUCAAGGUAGACAACUGGAGAAGAUAAAAAUUGAGUGUGAUAAAUUGACAGAAGAAUUAACGCAAAAUGAAGAAGAAAAUAUAAAACUCAGACGGAAAUGUGAGUUUGCAAAGCAAGAACUGGAGAAAAAGGAUAAACAAAUCAGCACUGAAGAAGAUCAUUUGAGAAAGUUGGAUGAGGCCAAACUGAGGUUUAAGAAUCAGCUGCAUCACUUAGAAAUGGAGCAGGAAUCCAUUCUUUCCAUGAUAGGGAGUGAAAUUGAUGCUGCUUGUGAAGUUUUUUCUCGGGAUUCCAUGGAGAAAUUCAAAGCAAUAUCACUUACGCCAAUGGUGCUGAAUGAUCCUCAUCGCUGGUUAGCAGAAACAAAGACUAAACUUCAGUGGCUGUGUGAGGAGGUAAAGGAGAGAGACAAUAAGGAAAAAAAGCUGCGAUGCAACUUACUGCAAAGCCGACAACAGCUAAAGAGCUUUACACAGAUGAAGGAGGCUGAACAUCAAUCUCUCUCUAAACAGAUAAAAAAACAAGAAAAACUUCUGGAAGAAGUUCACAGAGAAAAAAGAGAGCUGCUAGAGAAGACCCUCAAAAGAGAAGAAGAAGUGGGAGCUCUCCAGGAACGUAUUAUGGCCUUGGAAGUGAGUACUCGACUAGCUUUAGACCAUCUGGAGUCUGUUCCUGAGAAACUGAGCCUGUUAGAAGAGUUCAAAGAUACUGGAGAGUCCCAUUGCCGAAGGGAGAUGAUUGAGGAGAGGUAUACAAAGUAUAAAGAAAUAGUAAGUUCUCUACAGAAACAGCUAGAAGAUUCAAAACAAAGAGUCCAACAACUCAAGGAUGUGAAAAUGGAUACUGAAAUUUCUGCUAUAGAAGUGACUACUCCCUAUUCCAGUUGGCGAACUCAAAACAGCUUUUUGUCCAGCUCACUGCACUCAGAUUCUGGUUCCCUUAUGAGAAGAAUGGUUCCUUGUGAUAGAAGUACCACUAAGGAAGAUUCCAUUAAUGUUGCUGUCAGUGAAAUUAAAACGCAAGCAGAAAGAGGGAAGCACUAGAAUAUUUUACAACAACACACCCAUUUUUCUCUAUGGUAAAAUCAAUUCCAAUGUUUUUUGGUUUUGAAGAGUAGAGAUUCCAUCCAAGAUUGGAGUGAUGCACCUUUAAUGCUUCGCCUAUUGCCAACCACUUCAGUGAAAGACCAACAAGAGUGAGUCUAAUGAACUCUUUUGAUAGUUUAUGUAACUUCUACACCAGAGUUUUUCUGGGGUUAUGCUGUUCUCUUGUAUUUGUUUCUGCAGUACUCCUAAACUUAAUUUAUUGUGUUUGUGAAAUAUUAUGAAAUCAAAGACCUGUAAGAUUAAUCUUUGCUAUGAGCUUAUUUAUCUCUGUACAGGAAUUGUUCUCACAUUUUUUAUAGCAUUUAAUAACUUUAUUAACAACAAAAGAAAAAGUCAGAAAUUACCUUUAUCCUAAUAUCUAUUAUGAGAGUGGUUGUGAGUGUUAUGCAGACACAUCGGUGAUUUCAGGUUCUUUAGUUUGCAACAAUCGUUUAAGAAAGAAGUUUUAAAUAUUAAAACCAAAUUUCUUCAAAAGCAGUGGAAAUUUGACUCAUCCUUUCAAGUUCAGUAUAUAUCUGUUAUGAUCUGUUUAGAAUUAUUUUUCUGAUGAGAACAAAUUUCUCAGUUGGCCUCUGGCAAGGCAUUUAACAGAACCUGAAUCUCACCCAUCUGAGAAAGUGUGUUGAAAUGUGAAAAUUUUAAUAGCAGAGUUUAAUGAUCGUUUAUUUAUUCUCUAUUGAGAGAUGCCUUAUUGGUUUUAAAAUGUUUUGGAAAUACAAAAUUGCACAGUUGUAUAAAUUAAGAUAUCUCUGUUCUAAACAAAUUCGACACAGUUCUGCAUUACUGUAAUCUCAAACAGCACAUUACAGCAGCAUUUUCUACUGUCAACAGAAAUAGAACUGUUCCUAAUGAUUCUAUUUUUGUCACCUUCUUGAGUGCUUUUAGCUGAAUGACUACUGGUGUGCCCUAAAAGUUUCCCAAAUCUAUCAGAGUACUGUAACAACAUGAACACCACAGAAACCAUCUUGUUUUGUAGGUUUCUUUCAUGUUUAGAAAUCCUACUUCUCUGAAACACUGUCCAUUUUUAGCACUGUAGAAGUCUCAGCCAUGAUUUGCAGGUCACUAUCUGCCACUUGAAAAGAAGACUUCUUAAAAAAAAUGGUUCUGAAGAAAUCCUCUGCAGUCCCAGUGGGCUCCCUGGACAAUCCCCUUUGUGUUCAGCCUGUUUCAAACAGAAGUUCUUGCUGAAAAAAUCAAAUUUGAACAAAGGAAUAAGAAAAAAAAGUUGGUUUAUUUUCAUUGCAUUUUCCAUACACUUUAUUUUUUUUUUUAAUUUAAUUUGUUUUUUAAAGUUUUUUUUUUACCUUUUGUAUGUGUAUGCCAUUCAUUGUAGUGCUGCCAGUGGGGUUUUUUUGCAAACUUCUGGCAGUCUGCUCAUUCAGAAAGUGAAGAAAGCAAAACAGGCACAUCUGUCUCUUCCGAUCUUGACAGCAAUGACUGGAUGAAGGCAGGAGAAAGCAGAAUGAAUAGAAACCCAUCUGUGUCAUGAGCUUACAAAAAGAGUGUGGAUGUCAUGAAUCAGUGUUUAGCUCAAGUCACAGUUGCCAUAAAUGAAACCUUCCUUCAGUAUACCCAGGAUUUGUAAUUUACUUUUUUAAUGACAUCAUUACACCCCUAGGAAUAGGGUAUUUUAAGUAUUUUAGCCACUUUAACUGCUGAAACAUUAAAGCCUGCAGACUUUAUGGUAUUUAAAAUUAUGGCUAACAGUGUGGAAAGAUCAUUUUUUAAUAUGUUAUAAAACAGUAAAUCAUGCUCUCAUGCAGUAAUGAGAUCUACUUCAUGGGUUGCUGAUGGAUAAAUGUGUGCUCAACCCAGUUUACUCAAGUUGAAACAAUAUUUGAGUUAUAUUUCCUGUUGUUAAACAAAUAGGGCUGUAAUGGUCUUAACUGAGGAAAAAUAAUGUCCUCUCUUUUUCCUAAAGAAUUUGUAAGAGUCUGGAUAUUGAUGACAUUUACCAUUUUAUGUAUUUAGACACUUUUUAGCUCACUAGUAACUUGGAAAUCUGAAGUACGCUUCCUUAAAACAAUAUCACCACUGCUUUACAGUGUUAGACAAGUAAAGGUAAGUAAUCUGCACUCUCCUUGUUACAUCAAGCAUUGAAUCGAAUCUUGUACGAUGCAGGACAGAAGGGACUACUAGAUGAGUAAUUUUGGCUUAAAGACUUUAAACGUGCCUUUGCCCUUUUGACUGAGUUUUCAGCAGAGUUUUGUACCCUUUUCCAUUUUUUUUCUGAAAGAGGGAACAGAAGGGAAGAAGUCAAACCACAAAAAAAGAGGAAUUUGUAAUGAGUAGACAUAUUGACUCCAAAGCCAGGAAAUUCUUUCUUGAAUUUACUCUCUUGGCACGGCAGUCCAGAUAGCAUGUAAUAUUUGUCUCUCUUCCAUCUUUGAUAGAGUUUCAUAUUACAAAGUGAAUUUUGUUUCCUUUUUACUGAAAGCUAAAGUUCCGUUCAUGACAUUAUGUGAAAAUGUCCCUCUGUGGUUUAGAAAUAAUAUUUUUUCCAUAUUGGCCUGAAAUAAUAUUCCUCUGAUCAGUCUCAUUUUUAAAGUGGAAAACCAGAUAAUUUUUAAAUAAAAUAUUUUUUUAUAUUUCA